ACCUCAGCAGCAGGGACCCGGCGAGGCUGCUGCACUGACUGGGAGGAGCUGGUGCUGCUUCCAGCGAGCAGAUUGCGGGCGUGUGCGGAGAGGGGAGAGCUGGCACCCGAUCACGUCUGCUGAUAACCGUGUUUUACCCCCAGCGAGCCGAGCCGAGGACUACCUCAGGCUACAAGAUGGAGAGGCGCCAGUUUCUCGCACUUUCGGCGAGGUCCAUCGCGCCCAGGCUGAGUCUCCGCUAAAACCCACCGGCAGCUCCGGACUUCAGCGAGAUGACAUGGAGUUUACCACUUCAAUGCUCACAUCUCUGCUUCUACUUCUACUUCACCAGCAGCACAAGUUUGUACGGGCAAUGGAUGAUCUUGGGGAGUACAUAACCACUGAUAUACAAAUAUCCUGGUUGCCAAAUCUGGAUGAAUUGAUGAAGGGAUACGCUCGGAAUUUCCGACCAGGAAUAGGAGGGCCUCCUUUGAACGUGGCAUUGGCGAUAGAAGUAGCCAGCAUUGACCAUAUAUCAGAGGCUAACAUGGAGUACACAAUGACGGUAUUCUUGCGCCAGAUCUGGAGAGACGAUCGUCUCUCUUACAACCACACAAACAAGACCCUGGGUUUGGACAGUCGCUUUGUGGACAAGCUGUGGUUGCCCGACACCUACAUUGUGAAUGCAAAGUCAGCCUGGUUUCAUGACGUGACGGUGGAAAACAAACUCAUUAGGCUCCAGCCCGAUGGAGGCAUACUGUACAGCAUCAGAAUUACAUCCACGGUUGCUUGUGACAUGGAUCUCACCAAAUACCCGAUGGAUGAGCAAGAAUGCAAGCUGGACCUUGAGAGCUAUGGCUAUUCAGCAGAAGAUAUUGUCUAUAAGUGGUCAGACAAUCAGGACCAGAUCCAUGGAUUGGACGAAAUCCAACUGGCUCAGUUUACAAUAACCCAUUACUACUUUGUCACUGAAAUGAAUUUCAAGUCAGCAGGCCAAUUCCCACGCCUAAGUCUUCGUUUCCGUUUGAGGAGGAACAGAGGUGUUUACAUCAUCCAAUCCUACAUGCCUUCCAUCCUCCUUGUGGCGAUGUCCUGGGUGUCCUUCUGGAUCAGUCAGUCAGCUGUGCCUGCAAGAGUCUCCUUAGGUAUCACCACAGUGCUGACCAUGACAACGUUGAUGAUCAGUGCGAGGAAAUCCUUACCCCGGGCGUCCGCGAUUAAAGCGCUGGACGUGUACUUCUGGAUCUGUUACGUCUUUGUCUUUGCUGCCCUCAUUGAGUAUGCCUUUGCCCACUUCAACGCAGAUUACAUGAGAAAGCAACGCGCAAAAAUUAAAGCACAUAAAACAGCUGGACAGGCGUUUAAGACAACUGGGAAACACGCCAUCGUCCUGUUCUCUCUGUCAGCGGCAGGGCUGAACCAUGAGCUGCUGAUGUCUAACAGACUGCACCGGGCCAACAGGGUUCUCCACGGAGAUGAGGUUGAGAACGGAAAGGCACGAGUGCAUACACGCGGCACGGCGCUGAACAAGAAGCUGUCGCUGAAGUCCAUAUUCAAGCCGAUCGACUCCGACACCAUUGACAUCUACGCACGAGCCGUCUUCCCAGCAGCUUUCGCUGCAGUCAAUGUCAUUUACUGGGUUGCCUACACCAUGUAAGCGAUGUGGAAAGUAAAGCAGGCCGUUAUAACAUUGUACAGGAACUCCAGCAACAUGUGAACAGUGAACGUGUGUGAUGAUAAACCUCCGGAGAGCCUCUGGAUGUCGUGGAAAUUUGAUAAAUAUGAACAAAUGUGUGAUUAUUGACUGAAGCGACUGAGUACUGAAAAUCAUUGAAUAUUAGUUUCAGCCUUUGAUGUUUUAAAAUGAAUUAAACCAUCAAAUUAUCCAAUG